UCAGCCGGCGGCCGAGGGAGGAAGAGUUAAGAAGAGGAGCUGCUUUCAGACGGGUUAGACCAUGUGGCUUCUGUGCUCCUCCCUGACUCUGUUGGUCGUCAGUUUCGGAUCAUGUGACACUCUGACGACACAAGAAGGUGUACAAUGCCCGUCCUUACAAGUGGCUGAGUGGAAGUUUCCUCGGACGGCCAGGCAAAACAUUACUGGUUUUAAUUUGGUGAGGCGAUUCUCCUUGCUCAAAGAAACAGAUGUCAGAAAGCUCCGCAACCCCCGAGGUUCUGUCAUCCUACGCCUUGGCAAGGCGUCACUCUUGCGCCCAAGCGAUCAAGUGUUCCCUCACGGCUUACCUGACGAGUUCACGUUGAUCUUCACCCUGGCUUUGAAAAAGUCUGCACUGAGGGACACCGUCUACCUCUUUCAGAUAUCGGAUCAGCGGGGAUAUCCACAGCUCUCAGUGGACUUCAGCGCCCCCGACGGCACCCUGACCCUGCGAGCCAGGGGUACCGACCCCGAGGCCGAGCUGGUGAGCUGCGUCUUUAACGGCGAAGGCGUCGAAGCCCUGACGGACCUCCAGUGGCACAAGCUGGCCCUCAGCGUGCAACGCGACACCGCCUCCCUUCACGUUGACUGCAACUCCAUCGAGACGAAGCCCCUGGAGCCCCGAGGCGUCCUGCAGACCAACGGACACACACUGCUGGGUGUUCGGGCCUCGGAUGCCGGACCGGUGCAGAUGGAUGUUCAGCAGGUGAUGCUGUAUUGUGACCCAACGCUUGCAAUUGAAGAGUCCUGCUGCGAGAUCCUCGGCGCUCGG